AUGAAGCCUGGAAAUGUCGUCGCUUCCCAGUACUUCGAUAUGCUCGAAGGAUCAAGAGCUAUAGAGAUAGGAAACCUUCGUUUGGAUACAGGGCUUAUUAAAUUGAAACAGGAGGAAAUCAUGUUCGAUGCUGCAGCACCUCAAGACGUGGACAACGUGUUGGGCUCCAUGAACCACAUAACCAUGCUGCUCAUGCUGUGGUUUCUGGGGCUGUCAUUACCUGUGACACUACUCAGUAAUCGUUAUGUUUUGGACUUUUUGCAGAGUUAUCAUCGCAGCGGUGGCCAAUUGGACAAAACAAGCUUGGUGAACCACAGACUCCAUAAGGACGGCUUCACGGAACCGGAUCUGGACGAAUCACUCUUGGUCAACAAGGUACUCCGAGCAUUUGUUGCUGGAAUUUGCAAAUUCUCUGGAGUAGUCAGAGAGAUCGCUUUGAAUGUGCUAUAUGACGAAGAGGACUUGACUACACGAAACAUGGACCUCGAUAUGCUCAGUGCAGUGGACCCCAGCGUCAUAAUAGAAACAAUCGAGGAAGCUAAAGCAUGGGUGCAAGUAAAAGAGAAAUCAGGGUUGCUUAUAGACUACCUCUCCUUGGCUGCUGCAUUGGUGUCCAUUUGCGAUGUUGUUCGCUCCACGAUUAGCUUGUACUAUCCAGGAGAGAAGCUCUCAUUUCCGUGCAUUGAAAACAUCAAAGAACUUGCCAAAAAGUUAGAAAACGAGAAUCUUGGCCUCGGUCCCGAACUUUCCGUCUCUAAAUUUGUUCAGACAGACUGCAACAACAAGCAUAUACCAUAUGACAACUUCCUUGUUGAACAAAAAAAGGCCUACACUGAUUUGUGGAAGAUGGCUGCUGAAAUCGAAACGUUUGUCACCGCAUUCUCCAAAUUUGACAAUGUUCGCCAGCUCCAGUCUUUCCUUCGCUUCAGCAUGGCCCCUCGCAUGACAGCAGACUAUAGUUCCGUUGCUCGUGGAUUUUACCAGCUAUUCUUCAUAAGAGACGACAAGUCCAUCGUCGGUCUGGAGGAGUCCGUGGGCUCUACAGCCAUAAGGCUCAUGGAGAACUUGAGUUGUGCUGGAACCUCAGUGUUGGAUACCGCUUCUUGGAAAAUUCCUGAGGAGGAUCCGUUCAAAAAAGAGCAAAUGCAUAGAGACGCUCUUUCUCGAAUCGGAGCUCUUCUUGAUGACAUUGAAAAUGCCAUGUACAAAAUGCUCUCCAAUUACGGUAACAACAAGUGCAGACAGAGGCAGUUUGACAACCAGACCAUUGUCAUUUGGGAUACAUUACAGUACACUUCUGAGAAUCUUGAGCUUUACCUCUUCUCCAAGUUCGCCAUUGGCGACAGGUUAGCACCUGACUCCAUGGAGCCUGCUCUUCCCGUCACAGCUUUUGCAUAUCAUACCAAGCUCAAUGUCAUGCUUGAGACCAUUUUGAGUGGAUUCGAAUUGAACUUGUACAAACCUUUUGAAGCCGCUCAAAUGUACUGGUAUGCCUCAUACUUGGCCGAGAACGACCAUGCCAAUAUCUCAGUUAGAGUCAAGCAAAUUAAUAAUGGAAAACUUGCAUCAGUUCUGAGUUUGGCUAAAAAGAUUAAAAAGGCUAAGGCGGGUCCUAAGAAGGAGGAGUUCAAGAAGUUGCAUAAGGCAUUGACUGAAGCUGCUGUUCCUCAGGUUAAAAAUAAUAUGCUGUAUAUCGAGCAGUUCUUGGAGCCUUCGAUUUUGGCCAUUCAGAUGCUUUGCAUUGCGGUAUCCCAAACCUUGCUCUUGUAUCAACUGCUUGGUGCAAACAUGGGCAAACCGCCGGCGAUUGUGGACGACGAGCUUUUGUACAAUUUACGUAUGAAGCCGUGGCGCUCAGUGGAGGUGCCAGCAUGUCCAAGCUUCACUGAGUAUCAGGAAGCUACAGAGUUCUACACCUCUUUUGGAAAGCUUGGUCCUGAUAUGAAGAAGCAGAGGUAUAUCGAUGUAAUUGGAGACCUCAGGAGGAACUUCAGCGGAGCUUUGCAGCUUUUGAGUGACAUUGUUGAGAAGUUUGACACUGACUCGAUGAAGUCGUUCUUCAAGGGUUCCGAGAAGGACGCACGUCUGUGGUAUGACAAUAUUCGCAAGACGUGUGGGGCCUACCUAGAGGAGCUCCAGAGUCUUGAACUGAAGAUAAAGACUGAUUCAGUUGAGAGUGAUACGAAGGUGAAGAUCUCCGAAACGUAUCACGAAUACUUCCCCAUCUACACCAUGGUAACGAAGCAGAAAUGA